ACUUGCCUUUCUAUCUGCCAUUUUGGUUCUGUACUUUCAAGGAUAAUGGGUUCCGAAGAGAAAUGUGCCGCUCCUUCCAGAUUAACAUUCCUGUACAAUCCUGCAACCGGUGAAGUUAUAGGAAGGACGGGAAAGAGUUGGGCUUUGAUCACCAUCUUCUUUGCUAUAUUUUAUCUCUGUCUGACUGGAUUCUUCGCAAUAAACUUAGCCGUAUUUGAAGCAACCCUAAAUGACUACACACCUAGGUACUAUGGAAAGCACAGCAUCUUGGGAGGAAAUCCUGGUAUGGGAUGGGAGCCUCAAGUUGAUAUCGAGAAGACGCUAGUUUGGUUCCGAAGCCAGAAGGCGUAUGCGCACACUUACAAGCCUUACGUGGAUGAACUAUACAGGUUUCUGAGGCCUUAUGAUGAGGAUAAGCAGAAAGGUGAGCACAUCUUUAACUGUGAAGGCCGUCCUGCUCCAACGAACCGUGUCUGCCGAUUCGACGUUAAGAAGAUGAUUGGAAACGAAGUGUGCAAGCUUCAUCUGGAUGACUUUGGCUACAAUGUUGGGAAGCCGUGUAUAGUCUUAACUCUUAACAAGAUUUACAAUUGGACAGCGGAACUAUAUGAAGACACUAGCGAUCCAGGUCUUAAGGAUGCACCUCAGGAAAUGAAGGAUAACAGAUUUAGAAAUGACUACAUACCUAUCAGCUGUGAAGGCGUAUAUGCUGCAGACAAGGAGUACAUUGGUAAAAUUUCGUACUACCCUAAAUAUGGAUUUCCGGCCUACUUCUACCCAUACACGAAUACUCCCGGAUAUUUGCAGCCCUUUGUUGCAAUCCAGCUGGAAAACCCACAAAAGAAGACACUUAUCAACAUAGAGUGCAAGGCAUGGGCCAAGAACAUUGAACAUACAAGACAAACCCACCGUGGAAUGGCUUCAUUUGAGAUUAUGAUUGACUAGUGAUAGUUCUUCCUAGUAAAUUUAAAAUAUGUAAAUUUAAUUUCCGUGAUCUUAGUGUGCUUGCAUAGGUUUGUAGCCACCAUAAGUGGUAGACCUCUAAUGAUUUUCCUCAAUAGGAGAUUCACCGGUCAGAGACUGUUUCCAUAGCUGGGAAAUCUUUUCUUAAACCUCUCUGCUUUCAUAUUGUCAAACGUGAUAAUAGCUCUCAUAUAGGGUAGCAUCUCUAAGCACUUUGGUAUGUUUUGUUAUACGGUACACUAUCGAGAUUCUACUGAAUGGGUUGCCUAAUUAUCAAGCUUGCCAUCAAACAUUGUGGCAAAGUGGGCAGUAUUACUAUGUGGGGUGAGUUUGCACCAAAUCUUUUGGCUGCAAAUUGUUUGUCUGUACGUGACUGCCAUGGUUUAGUGGCACAUGUAUUCGGUGUUUGCAGAGUGAACUUUUAUUGAAAAUGUAUCUCGAUUUUUGUUAUGAACUUUAUUAUUGUGCUACACUAAGCGUAAUCAUAUUUUGUAGUGGAGCAAAAGAAAUCUCACAUUGUUCACAGGAUUAAAACUAAUCCUGUUAUGUUGACUGUGUUGCAAUAUGCUUUUUGAAAAGGUCAGACAUCUUUGCUGAAAAAAGAGCCUAUAAUCACUUUGUGGUUAUGAGCUCACUUUGAUGCACACUGUUUAGGAAUUCAUAAUAACUUAGCUCAGCUCACAGUUUUUUAGGAGUAGCCUUUUCAUUCAAGGCUGGAUGUGCAUUAUUCUUUGGAAUUAUUGGUGUCUGCCUGCUUCGGAAGGGCUUGGUAGUCCACAGUGUGCAACUUGGAUUUCACUGCCAUACGUUUGUCUUAUUGUUGUGAUAUUACGUGCCGAAUCUCAUAGUUUGAAAAAAAUGUGCAUAGUGCUUGGCAACCAGGCGGCAGUGAGUUGAGCUGCGUCACUUAUAUCAUCACUGUUUUAGUCCUGCGAUGAUCACGUUUGUAGUGUUAGAAGAGGUAAAACAAAGUCUGUGAGGUGGUAUAGCGUCGCGUAUCGCGUAAUCCAUGUCGCCGAGAGAGAGAGUAUCGAUGGUGGUGGAGAGCGUGUAAUGAGAGUAGCUUCAGGUAGAAUGAGGAAGAAAUCUCAUGUUUUAUUAAAAUAGUAUCUGCCCGUGUCGUUGUUAACAAUGUGUAGCACUCGCCUGCCUAUUAUAGUAGUUGCACGGAUGUGUUACUGUAUGUGGUAACACUCAUAUGAGGUUGCUAUUUGUGGAGUUGAUCUUAGGGAUCUUGAGGAGGUUUGCUGUUAAGGAUCGAGACUUGCCCGCGGUUGUCUCGUGUGUGAGUGAAUGAAUAGCAACAUGUUUUUUGUCUUGGUAGGUUGCAGGCUUUCUCGCGCAAGCGGGGGGGUCGAAUCGUGCAACCAUCUGACAAUGUGGGAAAAAUAACCACACAGCAUGAAUGCCAUGGUGUUUUAUUAUGAAACUUUUAGAUGAGCCUGUUUUGCACAUCUUUGUCACUGUCACGGAUAAUUUGCACUGUUCUAUCCAGCACUGGUUUUACAUUGCUCACACACUAACCGUAUCGGUCGCUGUGUAUUGUACAUGUUGCGUGGUGGAUGUGUGUGUACAGAGCAAAGCACCACGUAUUGUUACACGUAGCUGGUGUUUUUAAGAUUACUGGCUUCUUAACUCUCUAUUCGCAAACCUGGGUUUCAGUUCAUUUUUUCGACAGUAUCACUGCACGUUCAUAGGAUGUUUUUUUCCAAUAUUAUGGAUACUCAGAAUUUAGGAAGGCUGGAUUUCGAAGAAUUGUUCUUAGAUUACACUGUCGUGUCGAUAACAAACAAAAAUAGACUUGCCCUUAAGCUAAACGUUGCUUUCGAAAAGUGACGAAUACGACAUUUUCUGUCACCUGCCUAUCUCGCUCACUUCACUUCGCAUAAACAUUUUCUAAACAACGUAAUUGAUUAAAGUAUUUCAUCUUUACAGUUUCGCCAUUGUUUAUUUAUCAGUAAGAAAAUUUUGUAAAACCUAUGGUUAGAUUUCAAGACUAUUUCAGUUAUAUAUGUAUGUUUCACACAUUACAUUUUCAUGGCAGUUUUUAUUUUCAUCUAAGUUCGUAAGGAUUGUUGCCAGUCUCAGACCUGUGCAGUGUUGAAAGCAACCACAUUAUCAAAUGAAUUUAGGUGCAUGUCUGAUUCAUAAUGAAAGGUUGCGAUUGUUAGUUAUAAGGUCUAUUGGCGCGAGCAACUUUUGUUCAUGGUUAAUCCAGGGACCAGAAUCUUAUACUGUUUAGUUGAUCUUGUUCGUUAUUAGUUCAAGUACCAUUGCACAAUGUCAUAUAGCAGGGAUAUGCAAUACGUUGUUUAGAAUUACAAUAAAUUUUAAUGUACAUGUUUUCUGGAGGAUUGAAUAGGGAAUAUCAUAGAGUAGGGAAACAGUGGGAAUUAGAACUGAAUCCAGCGGGAAACAAUCUCAUUAUUUUUACGGCAGCUGCCCAGUAAGAUUUCGACUAAGAAUAGAGGCUUCUGGCUGGUGCUUUUGUCCACGUUGACUGACGUUUGUUGGAAGUUGUGGUAUUUCUACUCUUAUCAGCAUGGCCAUGCGAAAUCAAAGUGAGAUUACCUAAAGGACAAACUUAUCAACGUAGGUUAGCGUAGGUAUACAUCUGUGUAAACAUCUCUAAUGUAUACGCGUGUUAUUUUGCAGGGGUAAUAUAUAUAUAUAUAGUGGGUGUGGUGCUAGUUUAUUCAUCUUCAAGUUACGUUAUAAUGUUUAAUGGCACUUUAAAUAAGCACAUGAUAACUAUUUACAUAUAGAUUCAAACCUGAAUAAAUUGUUCCAGUUCAUCCAAAAAACA